UAAAAUCGAUACUUUCCUGUUGCUUUUCGAUUACGAUAUCCCCAGCCGGUUUUUUGCAAUGUGAAUGUAUCGAGGAAGAAGAAGAGUCGUAUAGCCGCAAAAAACAUUGAGGGAGCAUAUUGAAAAGAAAAUAUUACAAAUAAUUACUAAAAUCCUCGAAGAUUUAUAAAUUCCUAGUUCGGUUUGGUGUUUUUUUCUCUUGUCCUUGCUUAAGAGCUGCACACAACAAUGGAAAGUUUAAGUUAUCGCGAAGUUAUACCAACAAAUGCCUGCCAGGAGGAAUGGCAUGAAAUCACGCUUAACACGGGUGGUACGCACAGCACUUUGCAGGACAUCAAAGUUGCCGAAAAAGCUGGAGGUUAUUGCUAUAAAAAUGUUGCCCUGAACCACAAUCGUAAUCGUUAUAUUUAUUGGCGCUCAUAUCAGGACAUUUUGGAACUGACCGAAAUUAGUUUGGAUUUUAAUUUAUAUCAAAAUAAUUUACGUUAUAAAUUCACCGAUUCGCCCGUGUUGGCUGUAAGCAUUACAGAGAGUGGGGAACAUGUUGUGUUGCUGGUGAGCACGGUUUGCAGUUUGCAUCGUAUAACCUUUCCCCAUCCGGAUUCACUGGCCGAUGGUUCGUGUUCGUCUAGUUCAUAUAGUAACACAACGGGAGCCACCAAUGUGCCCUCCGUUGAGUUCAACGAAUCCCAGUCGUAUUCCAUAUUUUUUGAUGCCAGUGUUACGGCAGCCCGUGAUCCAAGUAGUUUUUAUGUUAUCGAUACUCCUUUGGGUGGUUCAAAUAACCAUGUCCCACAUGCAGCUUCCAGUUAUUUAUCUGAGAAUGGUGAGGAAGCGUAUUUUGCUUUGGCAUGCCAAAAUCAAUUGAUGUUGUACACCAUGAACUGUUCCAAUGGCCAUACUGUUGGCCACCAAUUGAAGGAGCAUAAUAUAAUGCCAAGACUUUUCUCCAAUCUGAAAGGAGCAUUAAUAGGCAAAAGUGAUACUUCCGAUGCUGACCAUGCCAAUUCGGUGUGCUUUACUUGUAUCAACAAUCAAAUCUUGCUUUUGGCCUUAUAUCGUAAUGACCAUUUACGUGUCUGGUCAUGUGUGAAUAUGCAAAGCCUGUGUACGAUUAAUUGUGUUCGCGAAAGUAAUGAGCAAAGGAUGCAAGGGCCCCAAAGUAAUGCACUGCGUAAAAUCAAUGACACAAGUUUUUGUGCAUUCCUUUCGCAUGCCUCUGGAUCGGAAUUUGUAUGUGUCGAUCUGUUGGCGGACAACAUGGGCAUUAAUUUACAACGCCGCAGAGUCAUAGCCGCUCCUCAAUUGGAUUUGACAGAUUUUGAUGUUUGCAAUUCGAGGAUAUGGGCAUUGUGGAGCAAUGCCGAAGGAGAAUUUAGCAUUUCAAGUUUCUCACUCUUACGUGGCAUGAAUUGGGUGUCGGCUGCAAUGGAACCUCCACCAGAUCGUUAUUGCCUGGGCAUGGAACAGGGAAUGGAUCCGCGGGAAGCAUAUUGUUCAUAUAUUUUCCAUCCUGGGAAAUUUGAACGAAGCGUAAUUGCCAAGGCAUUGUUUAUGUUCCGUCGUUCAAAUGUCCGAUUUGAGGGCAAAAAUUGCACAAUGACCUUGCUAAAGGAACACGUGUGCCAAGCCAUUGAAGAUGAAAUCCAAAACGAGGUCAAAGAUUUCGAUGUAUCCGAUGAUGACUAUUUGGAAAUAUCCACACGUUUGUGGGAGCGUUUCUAUUCGUGCUGUGAACAAUACCACAUGAAAGCCUCCCAGCCAAGUGGCUUGGUAAUAUUGGAACCCUUGGAUGCCGUGUGUGUUGUAAAGAAAAAUGCAUUUUCUCUACUGCGUCCUUGUGAAACUAUUGAACAUCUAAUGCUGGCCGGUGAAGAUGUAGAUGUUGAGGCUGUGGUGCCUUUAUAUUUUGGCGAUGCAGAGAAAACUGGUCGAGAUAUGGUCAAUCUAGUGGGAAUCUUGUCACAAAUUGAAAAAUGGUUACCGGAUGAUAUUAAGAUUGAUAUGGAUCGAAAACUGUAUCAGCUGGAAAUGCCCAAUGUUUUAAUUGAAAAGUUGACGGAAGAUUUAUUGGCUGGAGACACGGAAAAGGAAUUGUUGCCCCGCAACUUUUUGGUAUACAUACGCCAGAAAAUACAGAAUACGAAAGACUUACGUUCGGCAAUAACCAUGUUGUUGGACUGCCUGCGCAUGGAUAACGGCAAUCCUGAAACAAUGCAGGCAAAUUAUGCCCAAUUGGGUCAUUCCACAAAGUUUCUGAUGUCGUUGGGAGCCUUGUUUGGCAGUCAGGUGGGAUUGUCAUUGCUAUCGGAAACGGUGAGGCAAAACUCCUUGAUACGUUUUGCCAUUUGCCGUAAUUUGUUGCUGCUCCAACAAAUACUCAUAAAUACCCAUUCAUUGCCGGUGGACAUUUUGGAAUGUUUUAGAUCACAAUUUAUGCCGGAUAUUUUGAUUUUCCUACAAUCGUAUUAUGUCAUGAUUUGGAUAUCGGAGACUCCUGUUAAUAUCAAUGCAGCUGCAGGCUUAGAAUCGUCGAUACAGAGGCUAAAUCUGCUGCAAUUGACAAAUGGUUCCGGUCGCAUCUAUGGCAAUGGUGGCAAAUGUAAUUCUGCUCCAUUACUGCAGGUAUUCCUCAAUGCCAAAGGCCUGUACACCGCUCUGGCACUGUUUUCGGAUAGUUUUAAGGCCUUGGAAAAUGUGUCGUGGCAACAAACCCUUAUGCCCCUGGCCACCAUCGUCAGCCAAUUGAUAUGGGCUGUAUCGUUUAAUUUCGUCUUUGGGGAAUGGUUAUUCAGUACAUGUCAGCACAUAAUCAUAGCCGACUAUGUGAGGUUGCUGAAUAGCUGGUGUGAAUGGAAUAUUUGUUCGCGACAAUUUAUCCUGGCCGUUUCCCUGCUGGAUAGUGGUGAAUCCCAAAAGGCCUAUGACCUGUUUCUGCAGUCAGCCAAGGGAGUGGUAAGGGAACAAUUUCUUGCCGAAAAGGUGCUUAAAAACACACCCUAUGAAAAUUUAGUAGACAAUCUGGGUGAAAUUGAUGGAGACGAUAGUGCCAAGUUGAAAAUUAUCAAUCAAUGCAUUGCCCAAUAUUAUCUGAAGGUCAUUCAGCUAUUUGAACAACACAAUGCCUUGGAUCACAUUAUAAGUAUGGCCCAGGUGGCCAUUGGACUGCUGGAUAAACAAGAUCCCCAACUGCCAAUGUUCCAAUCGAUUGUAUUCAACAACCAUUUGCAAUUGGAGCACUACGAGGAGGCCUAUCACUCCCUAAUAUACAACGCCGAACUGUCGCGGCGCAAAGAUUGCCUACGUCAGCUGGUCAUAACAUUGUUUGGACGCAAGCGUUACGACCUGCUAAUGCAUUUCCCCUAUGUUGGAUUGCAUGAGGAAUUCGAAAAUAUUGUUGAAUCAAGGGCCAGAUCCCAGUCGAUGGAUCAAAAUGAUAUCUAUGAUUUCCUCUAUGCUUUUCAUGUUAACAACGGCAACAUGAGGAAGGCCUCAGCCAUUAUGUAUGAACAAUCAAUGCGUUAUCAGUUGGAGGGAGACUCGCUGGAAGCCCUAAAUAAACGUUUCUCCUCACUUUUGGUAUGUCUCAAUUGUUUGCAUUUGAUUGAUGAACGUUAUCGCUGGAUUGCCAAGCCAAUAAUUGGAGAUGAAUUCGACAUACACAACUCGUCCAAAGAUUCAGCAAUGGAGGAAGAGAACGACUCAGGCGAUGAACAGUCAUCUUUCAAAAAAACACAAGUUGUGGUUUUGGAAAUAAAGCACAUCAAGCGAGAAUUGCUGCACACUGAAGCUCUCAUUAAUUUAGCUGGACAUCGUAAAGAUAUUCACUCAUUCCUCAAUGCUGGGCCACAGGAGUUGGCAAUGAUUUUGGCAAGUUGUGGUCUCUAUACAGCGGCCAUAAAAUUAGCCAAAGGUUUUGACAUUACUUUAUUGCCAAUAUUUGACAGUUUGGCUUCAGCAUGCGUAAGAACAGCCGAUGAACCACCCAGCGAACCUUGGUCGUGGUUGCAGGAAAACGACUUGGCCGACUUGCCACAUCGCAACAAAGCAGCCGAUAUGGCUUGGGCCUUACUACGUAAACUAGUCGAAGACAAUGAACGGGAUAAUUCAACGCUUAUACGUAAAUCUGUGGUCAACAAAUUACUCAGUCUUCAGGCAUUUGUUCCGCAGUGGCUUUACAAUGAUUAUAAACUGGCCAAUUGUUCGGAGCUCUUAUAUCUCUAUGUGAAACAUAAUCGUCUGUUAGAAGCUGCCGAAUUGUCACAAGAAAUGCUUUCAGCAAUGCUGGGCGCCGGCAGUGAAUAUUUCAGUUUUCAACAUGCAAUUGCAGUUACAAAUCCGGAAAUGUGUUUACCUUUAAAUACCUUGGACAUCUUGCUGCAUGGUUUAAAAUUAAAUUCAGAAGAUAUUGAAUAUAAACAGGCCCAUGUUGAGUUGGAGGAGAAGUUGCAUAAAUAUAUUGAAACUGCCAGCCGUACGGCACAGGAUAAAAUUGAGAUGUCAUUUCAAGUAAAUCGGGGAUAUCGUCAGCAGCCACAACUGAAUUGGAAAGUAUAGAUUUAUUGUUUUUAAAAGUCCCACCUGUAUUUUAAGUCAUUUUUUGUAAUACUUACCCUUUUGAGUAAUAAAAAUAUUUGUUAAAUGAAA